CCCCAUGUUCCCUGGGACUACUCCUUUACUCUCUCAAACCGAACCAACCAAUCACUUAUCCCAGAUUUCAUCCUUCGUGUGACGUGUCACUCUCCGUUCUGUCUUCCUUUCAUCAAAUCCUAAACCAUGCCGCAGCCAAUUAACGACCGUUGGUUAUAUCGCCGCCCCCUGCUCUUUCCUUUUUUUUGUCCGUUGGCCGAACAUCUUUGAAAUUGAAGAACGUCUAAAAAUGACGAAAAUAGAAACAAAAAACGACGACGGCAGCCAUAGUUUAACAAAAACGAAAGCCGAAGCUUCGUUUCUCUUUCUCUCUUUUUUUUUUUAAUAUUCAUUAUUUAUUGCCUUUAAUUCACAUCUGUUCACUUUCCAAGCGAUCUGCGUUUCGAAUUUUAUAACUAAAAAAAUCAAAGAAAAAAAGAAGAAGCAUUGUUGAUUUUGGUUUGAAUCUUGAGCUUUGAUUCCUACGGUUAUCUUCCUCCACAGUACGCUACAGGUUCUUUGUUCUUCAGGUAAAGCAUCAUCGUGUUUUUUUAAUUUAUUUAUUUUUACUUGAAUUAAAACCAAAAUUUCCUGCUUUGAAUCUGUUUGGUUGAUUUAAAACGAAAAGUUAAGGGAAAAGAAAGAAGAGGAAGCGUGGAUUUGAAAUUUUCACGCUUUUAUUUUGUGAUUUUUGUGUUUUUAUUAUUGAAGAGAGAAAAAGUGAGAGAGAAAGAGAGAAAGUGCGUAUUUGAGGAUUUUGAGUUUAUUUGAUGUUUUCUUAUUCGUUUAAUGAUAAAGGAGAGAAAAUCGAAGGAAAAACUAAGAGAAAAUCAAGAACUAUGAGAUAUUUGAGCUUAUUUUUGCGUUUUUUUAAUUGUCUGCUGAUGACAUAGGAGAGAAAAGCGAGCGAAAAACGAAGUAAACGCGUGCUUUGGAAGAUAUUGAGCUCAAUUUUGCUUUUUUUUUAGCUUAUUUGAGCUGAUUCAUUAUAUGGUGGACAGAAAACUGAGAAAAAAAGGAAGAGGAAUCGUGCAUUUGAUGAUUUAUGCUUAAUUUGUGUUUCAUUUUUAGUUUUUCUUUGUAGGUUUUGUGACAAAGAAGAAUGGCAUUGAAUAACAAAUUGUUAUUUUUCCCUGGGAAGGCCUUGGUUGAAUUGUCCUUGGGAUCACAACUCAUGGCUAGAGAUAUUCGUAGUUUUCUUUCUAGAAGUUGGGAGGUUCUGAUGGGUGAUGCUAAGUUGAACCAUAUUUUGAAAGACUACUACAUCCCAAAUUAUAUACUUGUUCCUGGAUCAGAAGCAAAGAAACCACCAUGGGUAUCUUCGUGUCCAGUGUUAGUGUUUAUCAACUCCAAAAGCGGUGGACAGAUUGGUGGAGAUCUUCUUUUUACCUAUCGUUCUGUCCUUAACAAAAACCAGGUUUUUGAUUUGGGAGAGACGAAACCUGAUAAGGUGCUACACCAAAUUUAUGCCACACUGGGAAUGCUUAAGCAGCGUGGGGAUGUUUUGGCUUCAGAUAUUCUGAGUAGCUUGAGAAUAAUCGUUGCAGGUGGCGAUGGAACAGCCGGCUGGCUUCUUGGUGUAAUAUCCGAUCUUAAACUCCCUCAUCCACCUCCAGUUGCUACAGUGCCUCUGGGAACUGGAAACAAUCUGCCUUUUUCUUUUGGCUGGGGAAAGAAAAAUCCUGGUACAGACCGCCAAUCUGUAUUGUCAUUUUUGGAGCAAGUAAAGACUGCAAAGGAAAUGAAAAUCGACAGCUGGCACAUUAUCAUGAGAAUGAAGACCCCUGAGGAAGGUUCUUGUGAUCCUAUUGGGCCUCUUGAACUACCCCAUUCUUUGCAUAAGUUUCAUCGCAUCUCUCAAACAGACAAACUAAGCAUGGAGGGUUAUCACACAUAUCGUGGAGGAUUUUGGAACUACUUCAGCAUGGGAAUGGAUGCACAAAUAUCAUAUGCAUUUCACUCUGAGAGGAAAUUGCACCCAGAAAAAUUCAGAAAUCAGUUAAUUAAUCAGAGUACUUAUGUAAAGCUUGGAUGUACUCAAGGUUGGCUUUUCGCUUCUCUUUUCGUCCUUCAUCAACGUGACAUAGCUCAGCUAACAACAGUUAAGAUUAUGAAGAAACAAGGCCAAUGGGAGGACCUCAACAUACCUCGCAGCAUUGGCUCUAUCGUCUGCCUAAAUUUGCCUAGUUUCUCUGGUGGAUUCAAUCCUUGGGGAAAACCAUAUAGGAAGAAAUUUCAUGAUAGGGGCUUGACUCCUCCUUUUGUAGAUGAUGGCCUGAUUGAGAUAGUCGGUUUUAGAAAUGUCCUGCAUGGGCUAGUUUUGCUUGCGCCAAAUGGACACGGGACUCGUUUAGCACAGGCAAAUGCAGUCCGAUUUGAGUUUAAAAAGGGUGCAGCCGAUCACACAUUUAUGAGGAUCGAUGGAGAACCAUGGAAACAACCCCUUCCAGUAGAUGAUGACACAGUGGUAGUGGAAAUAUCUCACUUUGGUCAAGUAAGCAUGCUUGCUACCCCAUUUUGCCGCUCCCAGAGUGUGUACAAUCCUUCUUCACCUAUCAGUCACGAUGAGGAUAACGAUAGUGCUGACGAAGGAGAAUCUCUGGACGAUGAUUGGGAAGAAAAAAGAAAGUUCGGAGCAGCUGACACGUUCAAAUUUCCUGAUGAAUUUGACAUAACUCAACUCAGCUAAGCACUUGAGCUCCUGCAAUCUGAUCUAUGCCCCUUCUUUACCCAAUUCUUCCCGGCUUUUACCUGCCCUAGUGCUGUGGCUGUGGUUCUUUCAUAUCAUAUCACCUUAACAUGGCCAUGCAAUGGAUAGUAUGCCACUUUGAGUGUACAGUUUAGCAAAUGGAUUGAUUCUUUUUUUCUUUUUCUUUCAGAUCAUCAGAAUCAUUGAUGUCGAUUUUAUUGAUUCUUCUUCACAUUUGCCUUUAGAUAAGAGUAAUUGCUAAUAGUGCUGAAGUGAAGAAUUUGUAAUUUGUAACAAAAUUAUGAUCUAAUUCUUGCUUAAUUUCAACCAAGGUUUUCAAAUUGAUGCUUAGAUUGUUGCU